AUGACGGAUGGUGCUGCCGCGGCAGUGUGUUGCUCAUGCUGUUGUUGCUGUGUUGUAAUUCCAUUAACUUUAGGGCUUCUGAUUUACUUCUCCUUACACCCUACCCGAUCCGUAAUGAAUAUCGAAAACAUAUACAUUCCUGCACUCGACAUAGCCUCAAACGAUUCAAAAACCAUCAACACCACAACUGUAUCAUUCCGUCUAAUUUCCUAUAACUUCAGCCCGAGGGAGCUUUACUUGGAUGCCGUCAACAUAACAUAUUACUACGGUAACAACGACUCCGUUAUUGGAUUUCAGUCCAUACCUGCAUUUGAUAUUGGGGAGAAAGGAGGUUCUAUUAUCCGUGAUGAGAUGAUACGUACUUCAGGGAUAUCUUGGGAGGAGGCAAGAAUGGUUGUUUCAAAUGGGAGUUUAGCUAUGUUUCGAGUGAGAUUAGACACAAAGUUUAGGGCUUCAAAUUCUUACUUCUGUGAAUGGCUAAAUCACUGGUCUUGUUUCCCGCCGACGAAAAGAAUCGGGGUGAAAUUAGGAGCUAAACUAAAUGUCAAUGAUCAUGGAAAGACUCCUAAGAACGUUGUUAAGCUAUCGUCCAAACCUGCAAACUUCAUAAUGCAAUCAUCCAUAGCUGCGACAGUGCAUGUUAUGGAUUGCGUUCGCACAAGUCUUUUGGCAGCACUGGUUCUUUUUCUACCUAUUUUGCUUUAG